ACUAGCAGCUCAGUCUGGUUUUAGUUGUGCGUGUUUCUUGUUGUGUUACUGCCUGAAGAUCCUGGUUUUGCUUGUGAAUUAUUAUUUUUUAACAGGAGGAAUGUACACCAGUUAAUGUAAUUAAAAAGAAAAUUUCGCAAUUAAUUGAAGAACCAAACGAGUUAAAAAAAAUUGUGAUGUCCAAUGUAGGAAGAACUGAAAUAUAUAUGUAACUAAAUCUGCGUCAAAUGAAACAUGCAAUGAACUGAGAUCAAAUAAUAAAUGCAUAAAAUUGGAAUAUAUUUAAACAAAGUUACGUGAAAGUAGUAUAAUAUGUAUGCGGCAGCAGGUGGGGCAUCGCUGGCGUCACGCCAGGCACGUCAACGUCAGCGUCAACAAAAACGUAAUCAGCAAUUACAAGCAAAACUUCAUCCCCCAAAAUUAUCAGCGUUAUCGACUACCGAACAUGGCGCUUCAACUCCAACUCGGACCCAGUCACGUCAGUUCCACCAGCUGCCGACCAACUACCUGCGCACGCCACAGACCCAGAUAAGAAAAUUAAGCGCAAGCUACACGACUCAAUCAAAGCUUUUACUGCCUAUUGAAGAAGGUGAUAAUCAGUCGGUGUUGCAGAUGCGCAUGCAAUAUGUGCAUCCAUCAACGAAUCAUUCUCAUAGUCACGCACAUCCUACUCAGACGCAUCCACAUUCUCAAUAUCAGUCUGCGCAUCAGCAGUACCACUCACACGGAGGCAUCUCACAGAAGUUAAUUCAUCGGCAUUCAGGCAGUGGCGCUAGUACCUUUCAUCAACCAAAGCUUUCUAAGUCCGCCACGGCGACUCUACCACUCGUCUCUCAAAUGGAAGCCACGCCGCCGUCGACGCCAUCGGGUGCGGCCGAAGGUGCAACUACCACCGCUACAAAGGUGGGGACGUCAUCUGUCGAUCACACUUGCAUUAAUUUAUCCCACCAUGAUACAAUCAUUGUGACACCGGCCACGCCGAUGGCCUCGCCAGGGCACGUAGGCAAACCACUUCACAAACAGCAGGAAGCACUAACUGGUAUUAUUGGUAAAAUUGAAACUUCUACCUCGCCUAGUGCAAUUAUUGAUUAUGAAGAGCAGAUGAAAAAUCCACCAUUAGAACGUAAGUGCAGCGUAUAUCGUAUGCGACGAAAUGAGCCCUACGAAUAUAAGGAGGCGAGCAUAGGUGGAGGUGUGGGCAGCAGCGUUAGGCGGCAGCUGAAGGAUCUGAAAUUUAAUCAGCAACAACAAUAUGAACCACUGCUCAGCAACGAGUCACAUCUUUGUUAUAAGGGACUAGCGAAUGGGCGCAAAUGGCAAGUAUGUGCUUACUGCGAGGAGGGCAUUUGCGUCUGUGAACAUAUUGAGUGUACUCGAGGUCGUGCUGCUUGGCUGGAACGGGGACGACGUUGCAGCGUACAAGAAGCGCAACAACAAGCAGCUUGCCAUCGUCGUUGGGUGAAACGCAACCGUAUUCAAGAUGCAUCCUUGGGCGGCUCAUCUGACGACGAAGACCUCUUAGGGGUAUUACGAGGGCCCAGUACUUUUGCGAACGCCUUCCUAUAUGUGGGUCUCGGUACAAUUGCUUUGGGUUUGGUAAUAGCAUUUGUCGGAACGGGAGAAAAAGGCUUCAAAACAGUGGAAUUGCGCCUCAUCGGACCUUCGUUAAUAGGACUAGGAUUCAUAUGUUGUAUGUUGCGAAUACUCUUUUGUAUUUGCCCGUCGCACUGUAUUUCAACAAAUAAAAACAAUUUUAAAAAAGAUUGCAAUAAAAUUGAUGCCGACUACACAACUUCAUUACUCCGUGGAGAGGGAAAACGGGUUUCUAUAGCGAGGCGACCGGGCCUUCAGCCAAAAUACCCACUCGCGCACAAACGAAGCAACAACAAAAUACUAAACGAAGGAAUGGAAGCACUCCGGCAAAUCGCAACCACAUCUCUUUUUAUGCAAAAUGAGCAGAAACCCUCAUUGAAUCGCGUAGUUCCAAUAAUUAAGGAGCCAGAAAACAUCGGCGAGCACAUUCCCAAGAAAACAGAGUUUUCUAGCUGCGAUGAUAUUUACGAUACAAACCAUGGAGAAAAGACCGGCACGUAUAAAGAAGUCGAUAGCGAAGAUACAAACAAAGCAGGUGUAGAAGACAUAAUAAACACGACUACAACUGCCAUCAAAGUAAGCUCAGCCGAAUCAACAGUAAAUACGCCAUCUAACGAAGCAUCAGAGACCAACCUUGUUUCAAAGUCCGCAGUAUUAUUAGAGCAGAAAAUACCAGCAUUCUCGUCGACGCCAAUAUCAGAAGCUUUAACGAUUAGUCCAACCAGCAAAUUAUCUCGGCAACGUAUCGCAAUGAACCACAAAUUGCUGCAGCAGGCAAAACCACAUAUAAAUGACUCAGAUUUACUAAUGGAAACUUCGAUGUCAAUAAUCCAAUCAUCAACUACGGUCAACGAGUUCACCCUAAGAAAUGGUUCUAACUCUGAUACUAUGAACAAUGCUUACAUCGCUUCUGCAUUCAUCGAUAAAACUAGCACUGGGGCAGUACCUCGAACUACUACAUCAGAUACAGCAUUAUCUACACCACCAACGUCUGAAAGAACAGCUGAUCUUAAUUCAAUAUCGGAGAUAGGAAAUAUAUCUUCGAGUAUUGUAGCAGCCCGCACCAAUUCAUCUAGCACUGCGCCAAGUAUACCACCUUUUACAUUAUCUUUAAAUAAAUCGAUAUGCCCAUCAGUCCAGUCAAUUUUUAUUCCUGGGCAAAUUGAAGAUAUGGACACAGCUACAUCCGAACAGUCGCUUGCAAUUGCACCAAGCUCUACAAAUUUGCGGGCAUUCGGGCCUGGGAUUUCGAAUGCCAGAUUUAUGCUCCCUUCUCCUUUGUCAUCAUCAUCUGACAGUGAAUCAGAAGGCUCAUCAGCCUUUUCCCCCUCUCAGGCAACAGUAAUGCAAGCUUUAUCAAAAUCUGAGCAAUCACCUAGUGAUAGUGCUGCUGCCAACGUGGGUAUAUCGCAUAGCAACAAAUAUGCUCCCCAGAAUCAUCCUGUAAACAUAUUUGAACCGGAACUACUACUGAGUCCAGCUAAACUCUGUCAGUAAAUUUUUAAUCGAUUUACGAAAAAUUUUACUUUGUACACAUCUUGUAAAAAUUCAUGACAAAAUUAAAGUAAGAGUUAGCAUAUCUGUAUGAUAGUGAAAUUCCUAAUUUUUAAUAAGUUUUUUUUAGAAACUUGGAGCGUGUUUUGAAAAAGUGUUUUAAAUAAAUACUUGCCUCUUAUUUUUUUGUGGGUGAAAAGUACGUAAAUAUAUAAGUACAUAUGCAUUUAGUUAUUUAAAAUAUUGGAUAAGACAAUACCAGUGUAAGAUAUUAAAUUAAUUCUGUGUUUAUUUUGAAGUUAGCCGCAUAUCACUAUUCAUACCAGAGCACAUCUUUUAAAAGGCCGUAUCGGCUUCCGUAAUGUAACCCCUGAAUGCUACCCCUAUGGGUCUCAAGUAGCAUGAUCGCGUCGGCGCUUGCCAUGAGAUGACCCAGUCGUUCUUCGAGCGUUGCGUCGCUUGUAUAUAACAGUGCUACAGUGCCGUCGACGUUGUCGUACUCUGACCACAGAAAGUCGGUUAAUACCGCUCUAUACCGUGUCCCAUGGAUGGUAACGGUUUCUCCUUCCCUUCUCCUUGAACCCUGCAAACUAUCAUUCAAAUGAUUUUACGGUCAAAACCCAGAUAAGCAUAUUUGCAAUUGAGCAGGAAUUUCGAUAAUAUCUUUUUAUAAUUGCCGCACAUUGGACAAGCGUGAGACGAUGGAUCAUAAAAUGACAAACCUUAUUGAAUAUUUUAACAGUUAGAUGAAACCCACAGCUGCAGAAACAAAACAAUUGGAAAAACUUUCAUUGCUUUCCGGUCACCUUUCACUUUGCCUUUACAAAUAACUUGAAAAUUGUCAAAGAAUUACAAAAAGAAAAUCUAAAAAAUUUGGUUUUUCCGAUAGCUGGGAAACCAAGAUGUAAAGUUAAAAUAUAGUAUAUCAUAGAACGAUUCAACAUACACUAACGAUUCAAUGUACAUACAUACAUACAUAUGUACAUAAA